AUGGCCUGGAUAGGAAAGUGGUUUAACACCUCGGACUUCAAGUGGUUAAACUACUCAAAACAGGUUACUCUAAACCCCAAUCAAAAAGAAAGGAAAGCUUUUGAAGAAGAAGCAGCAGACAAUGCAAGUGCCCAGUUUGCAAAGACAUGUUUAGUGCUGCAUGCCUAUCAGCUUUUUUGUGAUUCAAUUGUGUUGGCAAAUCUGCUUCCUGUGAGCCAAGAAGUAAAAGGACAGUUUUAUUUUGUGAAGUUUAAAACAACUAUGGAAGCAUUGGUUAAAUCGUACAAUGAAGUCUGCAUGAAGCUUUAUCAGAAGCUUAUUGAAGACAAUGACCAAAACAUAGCAUUUUCUCCAUGGAGUAUUGCAGCCGCUGUGACCAUGGUUUAUGUUGGUACUAAAGGCAAUACAGAAGUCCAGAUGUCUGAAAAUACAGGCACUGUACAUAUACAAAACAUCCCCAGGGCUUUUGAAGAGCUUUUUUCAAAUGUCAAUCAACGCAGGAAUCAAUUUAUUCUGAAAACCGCUAACAGGCUAUACAGUGAAAAGAGCUUCCAUAUUGUUCAGCAAUACCAGCAACUAAUUAAGAAACAUUUUCGUGCUGAAAUACAAGCUGUGGACUUCGCUCAAAAAGCAGAAGAUGUCAGGAACAAGAUUAAUACUUGGGUGGAAGAGCAGACAGAGAGCAAAAUAAAGGACCUUUUGCCUCAAGACUCAGUUGACUCGCUAACAAAGUUAGUCCUGGUGAACGCACUCUAUUUUAAAGGAAACUGGGAUGUAAAAUUUCCUGAAGAAAACACAGAACAAAAACCAUUCAGGCUGAGCAAGACAAAAACUAAAAUGGUACCAAUGAUGUUUCAGAGAAACAAAUAUAAUAUGUUCUACAUCGAAGAGCUUGAGACAAAGGUGCUUGAACUCCCUUAUGUUAAUAAAGAAACAAGUAUGAUCAUUUUACUGCCAGAUGACAUUAAGGAUAACACUACUGGACUGGAAAAGCUGCAAAAAGAACUCAACUAUGUGAACCUGAAGGAGUGGACCAGUGCUGAUGGGAUGAUGUUGACUGAAGUGGAGCUGGAACUCCCACGUAUUCGUCUUGAAGAGAACUAUGACCUGAAGUCAUACCUGAGCAAAAUGGGAAUGAGUGAUCUCUUUAAUCCAGAAAAAGCUGAUCUGACAGGAAUAUCAGAGAAAGGCAACCUUUAUGUGUCACAAAUAUUUCACAAAGUGUUUGUGGACAUUAAUGAAGAGGGCACAGAGGCUGCAGCAGCUACUGGGGCUAUUGCAACUGUCAGAUCAGGCCCCAUAGUGGUAAAAGUUAAGGCAGAUCACCCCUUCCUGUUUAUCAUACGGCAUAACAAGACCAAAGCUAUCCUGUUUUUUGGUGCCUUCACUUCUCCGUAG